AUGCGUAACCGUAGACAAAAAGCACCCGAGGGUGGCGGUUACACUAACAGCCGUCCGCCGAAAUUCUCGAGCAAGGGUAGCAAUUACUACCGUGGGUCAUCGGUGUCACCGGAGCCGAGCAAUUGGCACGUAUCCUUUUGCUACAAGCUUGUGGUGGUCGCGUCCGUGGCAGGUGUGGCUUACGUUGCCUACCUCGGGUUUAAGUCGACGAGAGUCAACACUCCCUUUAGCAAUGAAAAACUGGCGGAGUCGAGUCCCCUCGACAAGCAAGAGUACUAUUGGGGCACUUACAGACCUGGGGUGUACUUUGGGACGAAGACCAGGGUGCCGUACUCUCUGGUCACUGGACUGAUGUGGUACGAGGCUGGGAAAAACGAGCCCAUCAGGGUGAGGCACUGGUGCGACCAGAACGACCGGUUGGACAGGUACGGAUGGCUCAAGCACGAUGGGAAGAACUUUGGAUUGCAGGAGAUUGUGGACAGGGGUGUGAUGCUGAGAACGUCGUUCGUCAAGAAUAUUCAUGGAAGACACGGCGGUGACUGGACGGCUCACAUCAACGUGACUGGGAGCCACGAGAGGAGGGUAUCCUUGCUUUACUACGCCGCCAUCGAGAACAAGACCAACGGUUACCUCACGUCCGUGAUGGACUCUGAAACCAAGCUGGAGGGCAUAGACGGACAGACCGACGAGCUGGGAUUCUUCAGGAUAAACUUUAACACUUUGAAGGGCAAAAACGUGCAGCACUCGUACCUGUCGACUUCAGCUCCUAGCUUGAGUCAGCUGACGCAAACUGUGGCUCACAGCUUGAGAUUUGCAAAAGAUGGUACAACACUGCCCGGAGAGGUGAGGUAUCCAACGAGCAGCCAGUCACCCAAUUUCAUCGUAACGCAAGUGACAGCGGAUCUCCCUCUGGAGCUGGAGGUGAGUUUCGAGCGCGACAGCAGGAAGGACCAGAGAGAAAAGAUCACGGGUGAAAACUACCCAAAGGCACUGGUGAGUCACGAGAGGGAGUUUGACGACAAAUUCGAAAGGGUAUUCAAGCUGAGAGAAAAGGGCUUCGACGACGAGAGGAUCGACUUUGCCAAACUGGCUUUUUCCAACAUGAUAGGCUCAGUAGGCUACUUUUUUGGGUCGUCCCAAGUACAGAGCGAGCACACCCAGAGACCCGUGCCCUACUGGAGGGCUCCUCUGUUCACGGGUGUGCCGAGCCGAAGCUUCUUUCCACGUGGUUUCCUCUGGGACGAGGGUUUUCACGGACUGUUGCUGCUCCACUGGAACCUCGACCUGGAGAUGGACGUGAUCAGCCACUGGUUCGACCUUAUGAACAUCGAAGGCUGGAUCCCUCGAGAAAUGAUCCUGGGCGACGAGGCACUGGCCAAGGUACCCGAGGAGUUUGUCGUUCAAUUCAACACCAACGCCAAUCCACCGACGUUCCUCAUGACCUUAAACUACAUCUUGGAGCACAAACGCGACGAGUUCUCGGCCCGGCACCUGGACCUCCUCGACAAGCUCUACCCAAGGCUGCAGCUCUGGUACGACUGGUACAACACGACGCAGAGAGGCGAGCUGCCCAGUACCUACCGGUGGCGAGGAAGGAACCCCAGUGGGACCAGAGAACUCAAUCCCAAGACUCUCACCUCUGGCUUGGACGAUUACCCAAGAGCCUCGCAUCCAAGCAGCGACGAGCGUCACGUGGAUCUACGCUGUUGGAUGGCUAUGGCUUCCAAAGUCAUGGCCAACGUAGCCGACGUCCUCCAGAGACCUUCACACAAGUACGCAAACACGUACGAGUAUUUGGCCGACAAUCGGCUACUCAACGAGCUCCACUGGUCGCCAACGAGCAACAGCUACUCGGAUUAUGGUCUGCACAGUGAUCAGGUCAAGCUGAGGAAAAUCAAGCGAAUGUCGAGUAACAACGUGCAGACGACGCUCGAGGUGACCCGCGUCGUGCUGGAUCAGCCCAAGAAGCAGUUCGUCGACUCGAGUUUCGGUUACGUAUCGCUUUUUCCCUUUUUCUUGCGCCUAGUGAGGCCAGACUCGCUCUACCUGCUCAGGAUUCUUCAUGAUCUCAAGAAACCAGACCUGUUGUGGACGGGCGUGGGUCUGAGGUCACUGGCCAGGUCUUCGCCCCUCUACAACAAGUACAAUACGGAGCACGAUCCGCCAUACUGGCGUGGGGCUAUUUGGAUCAACAUGAACUACCUGGCCGUUGCUGCGUUGCAUCACUACUCGACAGUCGAUGGACCAUAUCAGGCCGAAGCCAAGGAGAUUUACUCGGAGUUGAGGAAGAACUUGAUGGACAAUGUUUUCGAGCAGUACAAGAGGACGGGGUACAUCUGGGAAAACUAUGGGGACGAGGUUGGUGAGGGCAGGGGUAGCCAUCCGUUUACUGGAUGGAGUUCUCUCGUGGUUUUGAUCAUGGCUGAGUUGUACUGAGAUGAUUUUUUUUUUUCCUCAAUACACAGAGCAAAGUAUCAGAAGCGCUUACGGUUUUUACAAUCAUGUAUCGCAUCUUUUACUUCGGGAUUUUGAUAUUUCGGUGUUUACACGUUUUUACUGAGAUAAUUUUUCGAGUCGUGGCAGUAAACUAUUGUGAUAUGAACAGGAGUAGGUCAGUCGUUGACUGACGUGUAAUAAUAUGUGCUCCGUAUGGGGAGACCAAGCACUUUUUUCCUAUGGAAAAUAACGCACGCCUUAUCCUAUAGGUAAGUUUAUACGUAUAUGUAGGUCUGAUAGGACGUUUAAGGAAUCAAAGCUCACUUUUGCAAUCACUCAAAAUGGCAAAUAAUUUUUUUACUCCAUUUCUACCUUGUA